UGACGUCACGCGGGUCGGCGCGUCCCGGCGGCCGCGGCGGCUGGGCUGCAGAGGGCGGCGGUGGCCAGCGCGGCAGAGGGCCGGCCCGGGGCGCGGAACCGCGGACGGGUCACAGCUGGGGGACUCCCCGAGAUCGUGUCCCCAGCCUUCAGCGGCUGGGCUUUCACUGGAGGGGAAGGCACCGGAAGGCUGGCCCACCACCAUGUCAACUUUCAGGCAGGAAGACGUGGAAGACUACUAUGAGAUGGGGGAGGAGCUGGGCAGUGGCCAGUUUGCCAUUGUGCGGAAGUGCCGGCAGAAGGGCACCGGGAAGGAGUACGCGGCCAAGUUCAUCAAGAAGCGCCGCCUGUCGUCCAGCCGCCGGGGGGUCAGCCGGGAGGAGAUCGAGCGGGAGGUGAACAUCCUGCGGGAGAUCCGGCACCCCAACAUCAUCACGCUGCACGACAUCUUCGAGAACAAGACGGACGUGGUGCUCAUCCUGGAGCUGGUCUCGGGCGGGGAGCUCUUCGACUUCCUGGCAGAGAAAGAGUCGCUUACGGAGGACGAGGCCACCCAGUUCCUCAAGCAGAUCCUAGACGGCGUCCACUACCUGCACUCCAAGCGCAUCGCCCACUUUGACCUCAAGCCGGAGAACAUCAUGCUGUUGGACAAGAACGUGCCCAACCCGCGCAUCAAGCUCAUCGACUUCGGCAUCGCCCACAAGAUCGAAGCGGGGAAUGAGUUCAAGAACAUCUUCGGCACCCCUGAGUUCGUGGCCCCGGAGAUUGUCAACUAUGAGCCCCUGGGUCUGGAGGCCGACAUGUGGAGCAUUGGCGUCAUCACCUACAUCCUCUUGAGCGGCGCCUCCCCGUUCCUGGGGGAGACGAAGCAGGAGACGCUGACCAACAUCUCGGCCGUGAACUACGACUUCGACGAGGAGUAUUUCAGCAACACCAGCGAGCUGGCCAAGGACUUCAUCCGCCGGCUGCUCGUCAAAGACCCCAAGAGAAGAAUGACUAUCGCCCAGAGCCUGGAACAUUCCUGGAUCAAGGCCAUCCGGCGGCGCAACGUGCGGCGGGAGGACGGCGGCCGGAAGCCGGAGCGGCGGCGCCUGAAGACGGCGCGCCUCAAGGAGUACACCAUCAAGUCGCACUCGAGCAUGCCGCCCAACAACUCGUACGUCAGCUUCGAGCGCUUCUCCAAGGUGCUGGAGGAGGUGGCGGCGGCCGAGGAGGGCCUGCGCGGCCUGGAGCACAGCCGGCGCCUGUUCCACGAGGACAUCGAGGCGCUGACGGCCAUCUACGAGGAGAAGGAGGCCUGGUACCGGGAGGAGAACGAGAGCAUCGGCCAGGACCUGCGGCGGCUGCGCCAGGAGCUGCACAAGACCGAGGCGCUGCAGCGCCAGGCGCAGGAGGAGGCCCAGGGCGCCCUGCUGGGGGCCAGCGGGCUCAAGCGCCGCUUCAGCCGCCUGGAGAACCGCUACGAGGCCCUGGCCAAGCAGGUGGCGUCCGAGAUGCGCUUCGUGCAGGAUCUGGUGCGCGCCAUGGAGCAGGAGAAGCUGCAGGCGCUGGAGUGCGGCCUCCGCUAGGCCGGUGGGGGGCCCGCGCCGAGGCCGCCUUCCCCGGCAGAGCCCCUCCGUCCCCGGCUUCCCAGUCAGCGUCCCCUGGGGAGCCCCGUGAGCCCCGCGAUCGGUGGGCACCGGGGACAGAGCCGGACGGGCGGUGGGGAGCGGCCCCUGCGUGCAAAGCCAGCGCCCGGGGCUUGGACCUGCAGGGGCCCCGCCUGCCUCUGCGGGACAGCAAGGCCCCGCCUCUUCUCGGGCCGCGGCAGCCCCCGCGGGGCCAGCGGUGGAGACGGCCUCUGACCCAGGCCCGGCCCUCACUGCGCCCCCAGGCUGAGCUCCAGAGCCCGAGCUAGGAAAUGACCUAGCCCUCGAGGCGUCGGUGUGGAGCGGUCGGCGAGGGAGGGUGUGGCUGGACAUGGGACCCCGAUCAGAAGCUGUGUCUGUCCCUCUCUGAGGCCCAGGGAGCCCCGGUGCCGGGUCAGGAGCUCCUUCCUCCGCGGCGCCUGUCACCGGCUGCCCACGAUGGCCCACACAGCCCCGGUCACACCCUUGCCUCGCGCUCCCAGCGCCGCUUUCCCAACUGAGGAGUAGCCGCCCCAGAACGCGCUGCGAAGGCCCAGUGCCCCUGCGUCCCGCGAGCCCCUGAGGCGCCCUGCUGCCUGGACCACAGAGGGUGGAGGGGGCGCCGCGGGCCGUGCCACCGCCCGCCACCAGGUGCCGCCCUCCAGCAGCGGCGCAUCCCAGGGAAAGUGGCCAAGGCCCAGGCUCCCCAAAACCAGGGCCCCUGGCCGGCGUGCUCUGCAGGUUGCGUUAAGCGAGUGCUGGACAGAGGCCGUCCUGGGUGGGUGCAGCAGGAACCCACUGGGACUGGCCAGGACCUCCGGACACGGCUGUGGGGUCUGGCAAGCGCCCUCCCCCCGGGCUGGGGUGGGACCCACUGUGCACCCAUCCUCGAGCUCUGCGCAUUGCGCCCGCAUAUCUCUGCUGCAAGCCUCAAGGAAAUAAAGCCCCACUUCUCCCA